AUGCUCGGAUCCUUACACCGGUGUCCCGUGUGUGGCAAAGAGUUCACGAGGAGUGAUGUGCGUCAGCGUCAUGAGGAGAUUCAUAAAACAAAACGGGCGCCUAGCGCGACUUUGAAGCCUCUGGCACAGACUGCAUCGCCACAAGAACAUGGGCUGGCCUCGACGCAUACUGCCGAUGUGCUACGUCACAUUCGGUCGGCUGAAACACACUAUGUUGCUGAAUCGAGCAGUCUGGGCUCUCUGGCUGCUCAGUCAUUCCCGCAGAACAAUGUACAGCAUCUGGUUGAGAAUGAUUGGACCCCUAUGCAUCCAUUAAACAUGGAAAUAGAUCAUAGUCCGCAACUUGAGGUUCAACCUAAGACUGGGCAACCCCUUCAUUGGGCAGAGCAAUCGUCCCAGAAUAAUUUUGACCACGAUCUAAUUCGCUGGAUGCAAGAACCAUGUUUAUUCGAGGAUAUGUGUUUCGACGACGAUAUCAUGUCAGUACUGCUGGAGUCGGGGUCGAUGCCGCCGUUCAACGCCGCACCAAUUUUGGCGAUGGACAUCGACAAAGAUCAAGCAACAAUCGACCGUCAUGACCAGAGCUCUAAUACCUUUGUUGAAAGAGGAGAUCGAAUGUGCCGACCAACUUCCCCUCCAAAUGAAGCCUCUGAAGAAGACAAAUGGCCAUAUAGAUGGGAUCCUGGAUCCCAAGCUAUCACCGCAGCUAAACCAAUUGAACUUCUCAAAAACCAUCCGUUGAGACGAGACCAUGAUCCAUCCUUUGAUAUCUCUCAACAGCGUUAUGAAAGACUGAUCGCAUUUCUUUUGGAACCAGCAAGAAGAGGGUUCAGCUUUCACUCACUCCAUUUCCCAGAGUUGCAGACUACAAAUAUCUUCAUAGGAUUGUUCUUCACACGCUUUGAACAUCAGAUGCCUGUCAUACAUCGCCCAUCUUUGAAAUCUUGUGAUGAUUUGCCUGACCCACUUCUUGCCACCAUGAUUGCUAUCGGAGCUAUAUACAGCCGCGAACGACAUACCUGCCGCUUUUCAAUUGUUCUCGUUGACAUGGCAAGAUUAAGCUCCCAGAUUGCCCUCGAAAUGAAUAACAAAUUCAUGAGAGACCCUAUGCUUGUGGUGCGGUAA